UUUUUUCAAUCUGAGAGUGGAAACUGCGCUAGUGUGCGUGUUUUGAAACAGAACGGAGUCUGGUUUGUUUUCUUCGCCGUAUUUCUCCUGCUUUUUGCGCUGCUUCUGUCUUUGUUACGCCACUUCCAAAAACAUCCUCCUCCAUCACACCAGAAAAUCGCAUCUGCAACUCUGUCAAGAAUGUUGCUGGCAUGCCAACCGUAGUGUGCGGUGAAAUGGGCUCAGAGGAGCGCACUUCAGUCAUGUCGCAGAAGAUCUCUUUAUCACGCAGCAACAGCAGCUCCUCAUCCAAACAUGACAGUCGGCAGGACAGCUGGGAAAUUGUUGAAGGUCUACGUGGUGGCUUUAGCAGUGUCAUAGAACCGCAGAAACAGGAAAGCUAUGUGCUGAAGAAAAGAAAAUGGCCCCUGAAGGGCUGGCAUAAGAGAUACUUUUCCCUGGACAAGGGCAUCCUGAAGUAUGGCAAGAGCAAUGCUGAUAUUGAGAAGGGGAAGCUUCAUGGCUGCAUUGAUGUGGGGCUCUCCGUUAUGGCCAUUAAGAAGAAAGCCAAGUGUAUCGAUCUUGAUGCUGAGGAGAACAUCUAUCACCUGAAGAUCAAGUCACAGGAGCUGUUUGAUGAAUGGGUGUCCAAGCUACGUCACCACCGGGUCUAUCGGCAAAAUGAGAUUGCCAUGUGUCACAAUGAGAAGUCCUUCCACUUCCCCCACUACCCCUCCCCCACAUCCCCCAGCUUUGCUGACAGCGCUCCAAUUAGAAAGUGCGUGCCUUUACGUCGGCAGUCCACAGUGCAUUCGGCAGGAACUUUGUCUUUCAGCUGCAACAGUCAAGCCAAGGUAACAGCCUGGCUGCAGUCGUCCGACGAAAUGGAUAAGUGCUCCAAAGACUUGUCAGUUUGUGAAGCGUACCUCCUUGAGCUAAGCCACCUUCUUCAGAGCAUGGAGGUCCUCCAUCGUACCUAUUCUGCGCCCUCCAUCCAGGCUCUUCAGGCAUCCACAUUUGACAGCCCUAAGAAGGAAAAGAGGCUUCCGAGGAAGUGGCGCACAAAGAAUUACAACAAAGAUGUCAAAACAACUCUGCAAGUUCCAAGCUGCAUCUCCGGUUCAGUCCGCCUGCAUGCCUCGAACCCCAACCUCUCCACUGCAGCACUUGCCAAUGAUAAAACCGACCAGGAGUGUUUAGAUUCUCCUUUUGAUGUGGCCAAGCUGCAGGAGGACUUCUGCCGUGUCGCAAAUAACUUGCACACCACCAUGAAGUCAGCCCUGAGUUCACUAACGUCAGAGAAGGAGCGAUUAAAGCAAUGUAUGGACCAAGACUCCUGUCCCCCCACUUCCCCGCAGGUGGUGGGUUUGAAGAAUGCGCUGACAACGGCUCUCGCCCAGAACUCAGAGCUGCGUGAGCGUCUGUGCAAGAUUCACGCAGAGUCUCACAUCGUAGAACCAACACUACUCAAUCUCACUGCCUCUGUGCAGAAACAAGAGGAGGCUGCAUGUGAAUCUCGUUCUUUGGUGCAUCAAGAAUCCAAUGAAAGCAGAGCAUCCAUCACAGAGUCGCUGUCUGAGUUUUUUGACGCACAGGAGGUUCUGUUGUCCAAUAGUUCCUCCGAAAAUGAGGUUUCAGAGGAUGACUCGUACAUCAGCGACGUUAGUGACAACAUAUCCAUGGACAACUUCAAUAAUGAAACAGAAAAUAUCAGGCCAAACUCAGCUUCUGAAGAGCACAGUUCAGUCCUGAACCGCCGUAGAUCUCGUCUGCCUUCACCGAGCCCCAGUGGCAGCACCAUCAGCCUGUGGAACAUCCUCAAGAACAACAUCGGCAAAGACCUGUCCAAAGUGGCCAUGCCGGUGCACCUCAACGAGCCGCUUAACACCCUGCAGAGGUUGUGUGAGGAGCUGGAGUACAGUGAACUGCUCGACCAGGCUGCCAGUACACACGAUCCAUUGGAACGCAUGGUUUUCAUUGCUACAUUUGUGGUAUCGGGUUACGCAUCCAGCUUCUACAGAACAGGCGGAAAGCCUUUCAAUCCCGUCCUGGGAGAGACUUAUGAAUGUGAUCGGCCAGAUAAAGGUUUCCAGUUCAUAGCAGAGCAGGUCAGCCAUCAUCCACCAAUCUCAGCUUGCCAUGCUCAGUCUAAAAACUUUAUCUACUGGCAAGAUGUGAGGUGUAAGAACAAGUUUUGGGGGAAAUCGAUGGAGAUUGUGCCUGUAGGCAGUACACACAUUACUCUGCCUGGGUCUGGAGACCAUUACGAGUGGAACAAGGUGACGUCAUGCAUUCACAACAUUCUGAGCGGACAGCGCUGGAUUGAGCAUUACGGCGAGAUCACUAUCAGAAGCUCCAGCAGCGACGCCUUUCAGUGCAAGAUCACGUUUGUUAAGGCCAAAUGGAACUCAAGUGUGAAUGAGGUGGAAGGGAUCAUCACAGAUCAGAAGGGGAAUGUUCUCCGGAGGCUCUUUGGGAAGUGGCACGAAGCAGUUUACUGCGGGGACCCGCCCUCCGCAACAUGCGUCUGGAGAGCAAAUGCCAUGCCACUAGAUCACGAGCAGUACUACGGCUUCACUAAGUUUGCCAUUGAGUUGAACGAGCUGGACACUUCCCUCAAAUCACUGCUGCCACAAACUGACACCAGAUUGCGUGUGGACCAAAGAUUUCUGGAGGAGGGGAAGCUCGAGGCUGCUGAGGAGCAGAAGCAAAAGAUUGAACAGCUGCAGAGAGAAAGACGACGAGUCCUUGAGGAGAGCAACGGCACACAUCAGCCCAAAUUCUUCAGGAAGUCACAGGACGACACGUGGGUGAGCAACGACACUUACUGGGAGUUGAGGAGCAAUCCUGGCUUCGCCCACUUAGAUUUUCCGACAUUAUGGUGACAUGAACUGAAACAUAUUUGCAGCCAGAAUUCCAAUGGAAACAUCCGCAUUCAGCACCACCCUUCUUCUUUAUUGUUAUUGCCUUAACAACAAGUGCUUAUCUAAGUUAUGUAAAUAUGUUAUGCACCCUGAGAAUGUUGAUCGAUAUACAGCGAGUGCAAUUUGGAGUAAUGUGAAAAUGAUGACGAGUUCCACCUCAUUACAAGAUGCUGAUGAACGGGUACCUCACCAAAAUCAUUGAGUGGCACAUCAUCCUGUCAUUUAGACAAUCUCUACCUCAGAGAUACAGUAGCCUUGUUACGCCAUCGAUGAACAUUAACAUUCAAUAUUUAUUCUGCACACGCCUGAUGCCUUAUUGCUGGUGAUUUUAUUUAAUUCUUUUUGUGGCAUAUUUUUAGAUGUUUUUAAAUUUUAUCGUCCGUAUGGUGCUCUGAACAUGAAACAGAUCUGUAUUGAAAGUUCAUUGUUAUUAACCCUUUAUAGACCACUCAUUUAACUCAGUGGCUGCCAUUGACGGCACUAGACUUUCAAUCCAUUUUGACUGGGAGAGGCUGGAGGAAUGAUGCUGCUAACCCUCCCAGUCAAAAUGGAAUGGACAUCUAGCGCCGUCAAUGGCAUCAAAGCAUGAGAAUUCACAGUCAGUCCUCCUAGUUUAAAUGACUUAGACACUAUUGUUGUCAAUGGCAGGCAAUGACUUAAAUCCACACUAGGUAACUUUACAACCGUUAUAAAAUAUUUUCAUAACAUUAAUGAUAAUAUGUCGACUGACAACUAGUUGAACGACACCUCUUUUAUAUCUAGAGGGGGUCUAUAUCACUUUUACCGGCACUAAUUAACUUUGAGUUGGAUGGCAGAAACCCUGCCACACACAAAAAAACUACUAAUGUGCUAACUGCUUUACAUCACUUCCACUUUUCCCCAUUCAUUUGAAAGACGGAAGUUGAUGCGAACGAGUUCGCGCGAAUUCUGCAAAGAUGGCAGAGCAACAAAAGAGACAAAAGUUGUCUCCAAAGGAAAAAAAAAGAGAGGCGAGCAAGAUAAAUAAACAUAAUAAUAAUAAUAAACAUUGGCAGCCCACCCGCUCAACCGAACUCAUCAGCACUAACGAGUUCGGUUGGGGUGGGUGGGGGGCG